UGGGCUGGUUGUGCCCCACAGUCAGCCUGCCUGCCUGCCUUUAUCAAAGAGCUGGUAGCUUUGCCUCCCACCUGCGUGGGGCUUCUGGAAGCGUCUACCUGGGUGUCCCUUGGUCCUACAGCCCCACACGUGGCACACUGCAUCCAUCCUAUGCCUGUGGCAGACCUGCACAGAGCGGGAGCCUCAGAGGUGGACUCUGGAGGCUGCUCAGUCCUGGGAGGCGGGACCUGGAGCACAAAGGGCUCUCCACUCUCAGAAGCAGGUGUUCUCUGGCUCCUGCCCAGUGGAUCUGUUGGGCGGCCAGUCUCCAGCAUCCCUGCCGGCGCCUCCAGGAGCAGCAGGAGGUCCACCGCUGCCCAAGCAGGGUGACCCCGGUCUGUGUCCACCUUGGCCGGCAAGAUGCUGCCUGUGUCCCCGGAGGUGAAGACCAACCCGCUGCAGAAGGCGAACUUCUGCUCGCGCCUGUUUGUCUGAUGGCUAAACCCCUUAUUUAAAAUUGGCCACAAAUGGAAAUUAAAGCAAGAUGACAUGUACUCUGUGCUUCCGGAAGAUCGCUCCCAGCACCUUGCAGAAGAGCUGCAAGGGUACUGGGAUCAGGAAGUUAAGAGAGCCCAGAAAGACACACAGGAGCCUUCCUUAAUGAAAGCAAUUGUAAAGUGUUACUGGAAAUCCUAUUUAAUUUGGGGAUUGUUUGCAUUUCUUGAGGAAGGCACCAGAGUAGUUCAACCCAUAUUUUUGGGGAAAAUGAUUAGUUAUGUUGAAAACUAUAAUCCUGCCAAAUCUGCUGCUUUGCAUGAAGCCUACAGCUACGCAGCAGGGCUGAGCACCUGCGUGCUCGUGUGGGCUGUUCUGCACCACUUGUAUUUCUAUCACAUUCAGCGUGUGGGGAUGAGGCUGAGAGUAGCCAUGUGCCAUAUGAUCUAUCGCAAGGCCCUUCGCCUAAGUAGCUCAGCCAUGGGGAAGACCACCACAGGCCAGAUAGUCAACCUGCUGUCCAACGACGUGAACAGGUUUGACCAGGUAAUGAUGUUCUUGCACUAUCUGUGGGUGGGGCCAUUGCAGGCUAUCGCAGUGACUGUCCUGCUCUGGAUGGAAAUAGGAAUGUCAUGUCUUGCUGGGAUGGCAGUUCUCAUUAUUCUUCUGCUUUUGCAAAGCUGCUUUGGGAAAUUGUUUUCAUCACUCCGGAGUAAGACGGCAUCUCUCACAGAUGACCGGAUCAGGACCAUGAGUGAAGUCAUAACUAGCAUCAGAACAAUAAAAAUGAAUGCUUGGGAAAAGUCAUUUAUAGACCUUAUUACCAGACUGAGAAGUAAGGAAAUUUCCAAGAUUCUGAAAAGUUCCUACCUUAGAGGCAUGAAUUUGGCAUCAUUUUUUGCUGUGAGCAAAAUCAUGAUUUUUGUCACCUUCAUCACCAAUGAGCUCCUUGGCAACCUGAUCACAGCCAGCCAAGUGUUGGUGGUGGUGACGCUGUUUGAAGCUCUGUGGUUUUCGAGCACCCUCUAUUUCCCCAUGGCCACUGAGAAGGUGUCAGAGACCAUUGUCAGCAUCCAAAGAAUCAAGAACUUUCUGUUACUUGAUGAGAUAACACAGUGCUACCCUCUGCUGCCAUCAGAUGGUAAAACGAUCGUGGAUGUGCAAGCUUUUACAGCUUCUUGGGAAAAGGCGUCAGAGACCCCAACCCUACAAGGACUUUCCUUUACUGUCAGACCCGGUGAACUGUUAGCUGUGGUUGGACAUGUGGGAGCAGGAAAGUCAUCGCUGUUAAGCGCUCUGCUAGGGGAGCUGCCCCCGAGCCAGGGGAAGGUCAGCUUGCACGGGAGGAUCACGUAUGUUUCUCAGCAGCCCUGGGUGUUCCCAGGAACUGUGAGGAGUAACAUUUUAUUUGGGAAGAAAUACAAAGAAGACGGAUAUGAAGAAGUAAUAAGGGCUUGUGCUUUGGAAGAGGAUUUACAGCUUUUUAAGGAAAGAGAUCUAACUGAGAUAGGAGACAGAGGAACCCCUUUGAGUGCAGGACAGAAAGCCCAGAUCAGCCUCGCCAGAGCCAUGUAUCAGGACGCAGACAUCUACCUCCUGGACGAUCAGCUCAGUGCAUUGGAUUCAGGAGUCAGCAGGCACUUGUUCAAACAGUGUAUUUGUCAGGCCUUGAAAGAGAAGAUCACAAUCUUAGUCACUCAUCAGCUGCAGUACCUAAAAGAUGCAAGUCAGAUUCUGAUAUUGAAAGAUGGGAUAGUGGUGGAAAGAGGAACUUACUCUGAGUUCCUGAAAUCCGGGAUAGAUCUUUUUUCCCUUUUUGAGAAUGGGAAUGAGCAGUCUGAACCAUCUCCAGUGCCAGGAACUCCCACUGUGAUCUCUGAGUCUUUGGUUCAGUCUCUCCAAUCUCCCAGACCCUCGUUGAAAGAUGCGGCUCCAGAAGACCAAGAAGUGACUGAGAAUAUACAGGUUGUACUACCUCUGGAGGACCACUUGGAAGGAAAAGUUGGUUUUAAGACCUAUAAGAAUUACUUCACAGCUGGGGCUCACUGGUCUGUCAUCAUCUUCCUUAUUCUAGUAAACAUUGCAGCUCAGGUCGCCUACGCCCUGCAGGACUGGUGGCUUGCAUACUGGGUGGAUGUACAAAGUGGCCUGUAUUUGGGGGGAUAUUUAAAAGAAGAUGAAGAGGUAGUAUUUGUUCUGAACUGGUACUUAGGAGUUUAUUCAGGGUUAACUGUGUCGACUGUCCUUUUUGGUAUAACGAGGUCUCUGUUGAUGUUCUACAUCCUUGUUAAUUCUUCAUGAACUUUGCACAGGAAAAUGUUGGAGACCAUUUUAAGAGCUCCGGUAUUGUUCUUCCAUGGAAAUCCAAUAGGAAGAAUUUUGAAUCGUUUCUCCAAGGACAUUGGGCAUAUGGUUGACUUACUGCCCCUGAUAUUUCUUGAUUUCAUCCAGACAUUUCUACUUGUGAUUGGUGUGGUGGGCAUGAUGGUGGCUGCAGUUCCUUGGACUGCUAUUCCUGUGCUUCCCCUUGGCAUCGUUUUUUUUGUUCUUCGGCGAUAUUUCUUAGAGACGUCACGAGAUGUGAAAUGCCUGGAAUGUACAACGCAGAGCCCGAUGUUUUCCCACUUAGCAUCUUCUCUCCGGGGACUCUGGACCAUCCGGGCGUACAAAGCUGAACAGAAAUUUCAGGAAGUGUUCAACUCACACCAGGAUUUGCACUCAGAGGCUUGGUUCCUGCUUUUGACAAUGUCCCGAUGGCUCGCUGUGUAUCUAGAUGUCAUCUGUGCCAUCUUUGUCACUGUUGUUGCCUUUGGGGCCCUGAUCCUGGUAGAAAUUUUGACUCCCGGGCAGGUUGGCCUGGUCCUGUCUCUUAUGCUCACACUUACGGGGAUGUUCCAGUGGUGCGUCAGGCAAAGUGCCGAAGUUGAGAACAUGAUGAUUUCAGUAGAAAGGGGGAUUGAAUACACAGACCUUGAGAAGGAAGUACCCUGGGAACUUGAGAAUCAUCCACCACCAUCCUGGCCCAACAACGGAGAGAUUUACUUUAACAAUGUGAACUUCAGGUAUAAGUCGGAUGGGCCUCUGGUAUUGAAGUAUAAAGAAGGAUCGAUUGAUGCAAGACAAAAGGUUAGUUUAAUCCAUUUGCCUCUUUAAAAUCCAGCUAAAGAUUUAGCACCACAUCUGCUCUUGGCUUUCUUCUCAGUGUGUCAAGGAGACUGUUUGCUCCUAAUGGAUGCAGAUUAGAUCAGUGACAUUGUAGGUGAAUCUUUCUUGGAAACUGACCGU